AUGACGCAGGUGUCGCCGAAGGAGCUGUACACACACACGUGCACGCGGUUGGCCUGCCACGUCAACUCACAGCUCAUGCGUGACCUCCCCGACACGAUGGAGGCGUUGGCCGCAAUUAAAAAGCUCGACUUCUCGCGCAGCAUGUUAGGAAGAAGCGACGUUGAGCCGCUUGUGCAGGCCAUCUUGCGCCACUGCACGGGGCUGCAGGUGCUGAAUCUCUCGCAGAACUACCUGACCGACGACAGCGUCGUCCAAAUAUGUGAGGCGCUCCUGGCAAACACGUUGCUCCUCGUCUCACUCGACCUCUCCAACAACCCCAUCUCCAACAAGACGGGGCGCUACCUCCUGCGCUUCAUUGAGAGCAUGCCGGCACUCAAGUAUGUCGGCGUCCACAAGACACUGAUGAACGACAGCAUGCUCCGCCUCUUCCCGCACCCAAGCAACGGCUGCUGUCCGUCCGUUGCAGGGAGCAGAACCAACACCUUCGCCACUGCUGCCUCCGUGUCAACCCCCAACAUGGCCAGCAUUGGGAAGGAUAGUCAAUUAGGUAGUGUGCGCGGCACAGCAAAGGAAGACAUUCAAUACUCACCGCAAAAAUUGCAGUGGCCGGCACUAGAAACAUUAUGGAGAGCAGCAGCAGUGGCCGCGCCGACAAAAAACAAGUAUUCCGGACUCGGCACCCUCGUUUCGUCCACGCGUGUACGACGCCAUGAAAUAGGCGACGCCCAACGACUACACUUUUCUCCGGAAGAGUCAAGCAAAGGACAGCAUCGGGGACAUUCGUCGACAGUACAUGAUAAAUCAUAG